AUGCUGGAAGUGCAGCACCCCGAGGACAGCGGUCGCCCAGGCCCCCGGCGGCAAGAAGGACGAGAGCCUGGAGGUGCUUCGGCUGCAGGAUUUCAUGUGCGAGAAGUGCGGGUACAACAACCUCGUGACGAAAUCCGCAUGGCCCGCCCCGCCGGAGAGACGCGGCGCUCGCCCUCCUUCGCCUCGACGAAGCUGCCCGACGACCCAGGCCGCGCCGACGGGCGGUGCGCGCCGGACGAGGCCGUUCCUCGCCCGACCUUCCUGCCCGAGCCGCUGCAGCGGCAGACCCGGCCCAGCGCCGCGGGAGUGCCGCAGGCUGCCGAGCGCGGGGGACCCGAGGUCUUUGGGCCCUGCGCCAGGAGGCGCUUUGGCGUGUGCGCCCGCCGCGCGGGCGCCCAGCGGGCCGCGAGGUACGCCGAGUUCCUGCGCCACAACCAGCAGCUGUGCAAGAGAUGCAAGCAUCCGCGGUUGCUGCCCGGGCAGACGGAGGCAGCGGCGCCCACUGGAGCCGCGCGCCCGGCAGCCACGGGGCCGGCGCCCAAGCGGCAGCGGCUGGGAGAGGCUGCCCCGGCGGCCGCCGCCUCCCCCCCUCCCCGCCCCCCCUCCUCGCCCUCGCCGCCGCCGGCGCGGGACUGCGAUCCAGACGCCGCGUGGGCGCAGGAGAGGGAACGGCGGAAGAAGAAGGAGCAGGAAGCGGAGGAGAGGCGGCGGCUCAUGCGGGAGCGCAGGCAGAAGGCCGGAGCCGCAGGGUGCGCUCCCCAGGAUUUGGAGGCGGACGCCGAGAAGCGGCGCCUCAUCCGGGAGAGGCGAAGAGGCAUGGGGCUCGCGGCUAAAGAGGUCAUCAUUGCAGACGAUUGA